GCAGUCGGCCGACGUCUCUCGACGAGCGCUGACGCAGGCCUUGGGGGGAGCUCGGGUGUCUGGCGGUGGUCGUCGGGCGGGUUGCCUAUACACCCGCGAGGGAAAGUUAUUUUUUUUUUUUUUCAAUUCAAACCCCGGUCGCGUGCACGUAGAAACCAACUCGUCGCUGCCCGCUAGCAGCGGCGCGGGCAAAGUUCGUAAAAAAAAAAAAAAAAAAAAACUUUGUUCUACUACCCGGCGAGAUGGCUGUAAAAAUGAAAACAUUCGUGAAAAAAACUACAAGUACAAGGAUUUAAGAAUACGGACUCAAUGUCUACGUGAAUAAGGUUGCAUCCGCGCGCUUGUGGAGCAUCAUGGGAGAUAUUCCCACGCCAUGACCAGAGAGAAUGUGAUGGAGAUGCUCAUCGUACUCCUCACUACAAUCAUGCUGAUAGUCAUCGGAGAUGCUGUGAAUCCAGGUUGCGAGUGCUUGAUGUUCACCACGACCUACGGCAAGGAGUACGGCACCUUCAGCAGCCCCGACUACCCCAAACCGUACCACGAGAACAUCAACUGCCUCCUCUACUCCUUCGUCUCCAGUCGGAACGAGAUCGUGGAGAUCACCUUCAAGGAUUUCGACCUGCAGAAGACCCAUGUCGAGUGCGCGCGCGGGGACUUCCUGAAGCUGUACCUGCACCUGGAGCACGCGCAGGUGAACGAGCUGACGCCCUGGUCGGCGCUGCUGUGCGGCGGCCUCGCCGACGUGCCGCGCCUGCUCUACUCCUCGGGCCCGGGCCUCGUGCUCGAGUUCCACUCCGACCCGCGGCCCAGCAACUCGUCGGGCUUUCUCGGCCACUUCCGCUUCGUCGACAGGAGGAUGUUCCAGACGGACGGCCAGAAGGUGCCCGGGACCACGUGCGACCACCAGUUCGUCAGCAGGAACCACUCGCUGACGGCGGGGCACUUCUUCUCGCCGCGCUACCCUUCCAGCUACCCCACCAACAUCAAGUGUGCCUACAGGUUCCGCGGCAGAUUGAAGGAGCGGAUACGUGUCGUGUUUGAAGAAGUGACCUUGCAGAAAGGAGACGCCAGCUGCCUGCACCAGGCGGACGUGAUCAAGGUGUUCGACGGGCGGGACCAGCUGAGCCCGGUCAUCGAGGCCGUGUGCAACGAGGCGGCCGGCGUGGAGGUGCUGUCGACGGGCGCCGAGCUGCGGGUCGAGUUCUCCGCCGGCUCCCAGUGGCCCGGCCAGGGCUUCAAGGCCAGCUACCAGUUCCAGCCGGCCGACGGCUCCACCUCGGCAGACCCUGAUCGUUUUGGGAACCACAUAGAAGGCAUUUCGUCCCAUCAGACGUACCUCGGGCCUGCAGUAAGCGCUACAACGUCCAACUGCGACCUGGUGGUGAGCAGCGACAGCUCGAAGAACGGGUCGCUCUCGUCGCCCGGCUUCCCGCAGCCCUACCCUCCCAGCAGCUACUGCCAGUACGACUUCCAAGGCCGCGGCAAGGAGCGGGUGCAGGUCGUCUUCAGCCACUUCAACCUGUACGCCUCCAGCGAGAAGAACCCUCUCUGUGACAGCAUCGACUCGCUGGUGGCUUUCGUGCAUAUCAGCGGCCGCAAGGAGAAGAUCGACGCGUUCUGCGGCACGGCCCUGCCCAAGCCCAUCAUGUCGAACGGACCCAGGCUCAUGCUGGAGUUCCGAGGCAUAUACUCCUCACCAUAUUCCACAGGCUUCAAGGCCACCUACAGCUUCACAGAGAACUUCGGCAUUCGGGCGGGCCGCCAGCUGAGCGACUACCCGUGCGCCUUCGAGUUCGACAGCAACGUGACUCGCAACGGCUCGUUCCACAGCCCCAACCACCCGGGCUACUACCCGCGCGACACCGAGUGCCACUUCUUCUUCCACGGCGGCGCCAGCGAGAAGGUCCGCCUGCGCUUCGGCUACUUCGACGUGGAGGGCGUCGCUCCGUGCGAGGCGAGCACGGCCAGCGACUAUGUGGAGUUCUCCAACUUCAUGGCGCGCGACCGCAAGUACCCGCGCCAGUGCGGCCAGCAGCCGGCCUUCGACGUCGAGUCGGACCGCAAGUUCUUCCGCGUCACGUUCCGCUCCAACGACCGGCUGGACGGCACGGGCUUCCGCGCCUCCUACCAGUUCCUCGACAAGGCGGGCCCGCUUCAGGGCGGGCCGGCGCACAAGAGCCGCGCCCCGCGGCGACCAGGUUUUGUUGGCGCACCUGCAGCGGCUCUCAUCAUAUCAGUGAUUUCAAUGAACAUUUGUUGUUGACGCUGCCAGAACAUUAUUGCUUGAUAAUGUGUGAAUGGCUCUGCGUCUAGUUUCGUACAUAGCACGUGAUGAACACUUUUACUGCGGACGUUGAAGACAACAGGCACUCAGUCACAGUUCUAGAUUAUUGUUUUUACGUAAAUGUCCACAAAACUGCACAAUGGGUACACUGUUCGAUCACCGGGACCUUUCAACGUGCUCGUCAAGAGCAUGCCUGUGGUGUUAAAUGUGUUUGUAUUAUAGGAUUUAUACAUAUUAAUAGUCUAUAUGAAGAUGUCUUGUAGGUUACAUAUUUUUAUAUGAAUGCUGAUUCAAAAUGUUUGUUUAAAACUUGAUACCUCAUAUCUGUAACAUUUUCGGUAGAACUUUUAUUUGAGUUAGACUUGUAACUGUAAUCAUUCUUGUAAGAAAAAAAAAACAAGAAAAUUACUAUUUUAAACUACUGAAAUAUUUGUUCUAGAAAAUGUCAAUGUAAUUAAAUUUACGCAAAAUAGCAAAAGAAAAACAUUAUUGUAACCAGUUUAUGGCAUUACUAAAAGGUUCAGUCUGAUUUCCGGUAAGUAUUAUUUAGAAUCGUGACAGUGGUAUAACGGGUCAGAUUAUUUGGAAUUUUUUUAAAAACAUGGUUAUGAAUAUUGUCACUGACAUGGCAUGAUACUAAAUCACUUUCAAAAAUCGCAGAAAUAAAAAAUAAAUAUAAUUUUAAUUUCUCAGGAUUAAAGUACUGAAUACCUUAUAUUUACUGCACAGUUAAAACUAAUUAAAUAGAAAAAUGUAAAUUAAAAUUCCCAGCACUUUAUGUUAAACACGUUUAAUGCUUCUGAGAUUAAAUAUGUUGACUUUUGGUUCAAAGAAAUGAACACUUCAUAAAAGGGCAGUUGGUGUAACUCUAAAAGAAAUUUAUUCCCGUAUUCAAAUGGCUCUAAAUUGGGGGUAAAAUUUUCGCUUAUGAAUUAAAUAAAGUGUUUAUGGAAAUAUAAGUGGCAUUUGGGUAGUUGAUUACCAAUCCUUACAUAAGCUAUACUCUGUGAAUAUUAACAUUUAUUAAUUUCAAAGUACUUUUAUUUGUUAUGUUUUUUAGACUGAACCUAAUAAAUGCAGUAAAAAAAUUAAAAACAAGCAGUGAAAAACUGUUGGGUGAUAAUAUGAAAUAUUAUUAAUGAAUAUCACCAAAUGUGUGUUGUUAGUUAGUUUCAAGCUAUACUUGACAAUCCUCGAUUACUCAACUGACCUUCUUUGCUGGCUAAUAAAUGUUGUUUUUAUAGUAAAUUUCUUUCAACAUUGUCCAAUAUUAUUAAAAUAGUUUCAUGUUAAUUUUCAAUAAGUUGUACAUAUCUGAUUCUGUGAAUUGCAAAAAUAAGUACAAUAACAAUGUACAUUUGUUUUUUUUAUGGUUGUCUGCUACUAAAUAAUACCAAAAACACCGUGAUUCAGAUGUAUUUUUAUAACUCGAGUACGGUGAGCAGUAAUAGUUGUUUUGUGGGACGCCUGCUAAAAUAUUUUCUAUAAAAGUAACAGUAUUUUUUUAAGGUUUAUUUAAACAACAUUAUCAUUUCUUCGCUUAACAUUCUUAUCUGAAAAAUUAUAUUAAAAAAAUGAUAUUAAAAAAAAUUAUAAUAAAUGUAUUGUAAGAUUAAAGUCACAUUAGUCGAAUCAGAAAAUAAACUAAAUGGCUGAAAAUACGUUUAACGAAAUAUUGCAGUUUUAUUGUUUGCCUCAAUCACUUUGCGUUAAGGCUUCUACAGUUGCAAAUUUAUUAUCUUUCAAUACUAUUGCUGGUUCCGAAUAAAUAGGACGAGUAAUCCAUCAUUUAAUUUCAAGGCUACAUUCAGUUAGAUACUAGCCGUGAAAUGAUAUCCAAAUCAUUGCGAUUCCAACAUGCAUUGUUUAUCACGAAAGAAAUUAUUUUUUCAGCAGUCAUUGCCUUAUUUUUGCGUUUAAAUUUUUCACACUGCAAUUUAGGCAAUUUUUUUUACAGUAAUAGACAAACAUUUAGAGGUAUUAAGACCCGCAAUCUUAUAUUUUUCCAUAUUUUUGCUAUAAUUGUAGUUGAAACUAUUUAUCCUAAUUUUUAACAUGCCCAAGCAUAAAUCAUACCUCCCAGACCUUCUAAAUAUUGUUUUAACCACAUAUUUAUGAACACGCUCUAGUAUGUAAGCGCUGCGAGAAAAUGAUUUAAUAUUUCACGCGGGUGACUACAACUGUCAUGAAAAUCACACAAAUUCACAAGUGUUGACUUCAACAAGUUCCCAAAGCGAAGUCACCUGCCAUGUCAAACCAAAAAAAAAUAGCACGGUAGCUUUAUUGCAAGCGGUAUCAAAAUAUUUAAAAUUUAAAAUAUGGUGAGACCUAGUCUCCCUUAAUGGGUGUGGAAAGCAGUUAGCUGGCUAAACAACAGAUUAUCGUUAUAUUUUUGCUAAAAUAUAGCGCCACAAACCCCUCAAAAACCAAAAGGAUGUUCAAAAAUAUUGGAGCGAAUGGACCUUUUACGAAAAGCUGCAUCAGCGAUUUUAAAUAAGGAUCUUCACAACUAUUCGGAAGGUCAACAAAUAUCCUCUAAGAUGCACUUUAGUAGAUCCUUUAGUAGAAAUGUUCUUUAUGUAGGUAUUUGGAAACGACAUGUAAGUCAGAGUAUACCAUCAUAGGUUAAACAGACCCUCGCUUUAUUUUCAUGUAAACACCGUAAAAACUAUUACAUUAGAGACGAGGAAUUAUUUAACCUACGCCUCGGGAGCAUUAAUGUGUUGUAAAAAAUUAUGUAUAAAUAUCACACGCUAAUUUCUCUGUCACCUAGCAUUAAUAUGUUUUUAUUUUAACAAAACCUAUUUUCACACGUUAUUCAGGCUUAUACAUUUCUCACAUUCUGCUUGGUUUUAUUGGCUUUAUAAGAUUGAAUUAACACUUUUUUGCCCUUAUUGGAGGGAUUCAAAAAAUAAAAAAUAACCUUACACUUAAUUUGCAGAAUGAAUCACCCACCUACGGUAAAUAUUGAUCUCCUAUUUCAGUAGAUUAGGAAAUACGAAUAUCAUUUAUAAAACAUUUUACCCUCUUCGAGGUGAAAUAUUAUAUUUUACACGCUAGUUUUUAUUUUGUUGAAUAAAAUUACCAAACGAUGACAAAAUGUGUAGAGUAACUAAAAGUUGUUUUAACAUUAACUUUCAACAAAAUGAGAAAGUGGGUUAUUUUUUACUAAAAAAAUAAGCGGUCGAGUCAAUUUAAAUCAAUGUUGAUGUUUUGAAAAACAUUAUGAUUGUAUAGGUAUUUGUGGCAAUAUUUUUUGGUAAAAGUAAAAUGAAAAAACUGUUUCACGUUAAAUACACAAUAAACUAAUUUGCAGAUUACGUAAUAAAUAACUUAUGUUUAUAUACAGGUAUCGUGGACUCGUGAAUUUGAGAUUUAACUGGCAAAUUGUAACGAAAAUAGAUUUGAUCGCACAAGAGAAAAGAUAAACUUUGCAGUCCUUAUUUACACAUAAUUUUACCGCAUUUAUACAUAUAUAAAUUCUCUCUAAUAAAUGUGUGGAAUUUAAUAAUAAUACGUUAAUAUUAAAGGCCUUCUGUAAUUUAUAAAGAAAUUGAAGUACACUUGAAAAUGUUAUCACUUACUACUAGGCAUAUUUAAAAAGAUGCAUUUACAGUAGAUUAAUUAUAUGACAAAGAAAAUAUUUAAGAAAUGUUUUAAUUUAUUUCGAGCUAUUUUAGCAGCGUCCUGGAAUAAAGUACUCCUAGGAAAUUCCAUUCUGAUAAACUAUGUUACUUUAAGUAAUUUUUUAUUCUAGUCACUUAUUUACCUAUUAUUAAAACUAAUAUAUUACAUAUAACACUUUAAAUUAUUGUAUACAAUUAUAUUCUUUAAACUGAGUUAUUGUUUCUAAACACUUGAAUUUUUUAACUGCCUAAUAUGAGUAGCCUACCUAAAAAAUAUAUUUUACCAUUUUUGGAAAAAAAAUUGUAAAGAGUAAAAAUUCAUGAAUAUUUUGCUGACGGAAUGAAAUUAUUUUUUUUAAAGACAGUAUAAAAUACUGAUAAAUGAAUAUGAAAUGGCCUCUCAUGGAAAAAUAAUUUCGUAUACAUAGUAACAUUCAUCCCUAAUUUCUUUGUCAGCAGACCACAGCACUCAUUCUAAUUUAGUAAGUUUAGAGAAGUGUCACCCACCCCUUCUUUCACAUUUAAGUACCACACUGGACUCAAGACAAGAAAGUGAUGUGACUUCGCGUCUGAAGCUUAAGAUAAACUUUUAGUGAAAAUUGUACUGUAUCUCAGACUGUACUACGAAUAACAAAUCGGUAGUACCUCUUGUAAAUGACACAUUUAGUGUACGGAUGAUUGGUAAUGAAGCAAUAGAUUGUAAACAAACACAAUAAAUGGCAUGUUUUCAGAUAAAA